AUUUAUCUUCCUUUAUCUUUAACCCCUGUAAAAGGGGAAAAGAAAAAAGCGAACAUCAUCGAUUCUUAACAAUCAAACAAAAGCGUUACGUUACAACUUGCAACUUCCCACAUGUAAAUCACAUUUAAUUUCUGAGUUUAUCCAUUUACCUCGUUUCUACCAAUACCAUUUUCUUUUUAUUUAUUUAUUUAUUUAAAUUAAAAUCAUUUCCACCAAAAAUUUUCUUCCACAUAUUAUAGCUUUUGUUUUUCCCUCGGAUUUUCGACAAGAAAAAAAAGACGACAUGAUGAGGGAACAACAAGAUCAACAAUCGAAGCUUUUGUGCGAGCUGUCGGCUCUCGCUUUCAACCUCAUCCGGUCUCAUCCGACGCCGUUGUCUUUUUCUGAUCGUGCUCCGGUCGUGCCGGUGCCUCCUUCGGAAUCGCCGCUGAGGCGUUCGGCGGCGAUAACUCCGGCGGGGUUUGCGUCGCUGUUACUGGGGAUUUCGGUUGCCCUGAUGCUUUGUGGAUCGGUUACUUUCUUCAUUGGGUUUAUGCUGAUGCCGUGGGUUAUUGGAUUGGUGAUGGUGUUGUACGUUGCUGGCAUCUUUUCCUCUCUCUCUGUCAUGUGGCGUUUCGUUCUUUGUUACGCUACGCCGCGCAAGGAUCUUCCUGAGUGGAAGCUUUUGUAAAGAGAUAAAUAAUGGAAUUGAGCAGUGUGAAGAUUAUGGAACUUCUCCUAAGAAGCAGGAAUCGUGGAUAACAGGCUUUUGCUUAAGUUAACAAAAUUUGUGGAUAUGACUUCAGCCUUAAUUACAAAUAGCGUUGUUUCCUGCUUCCUUCUGCUGCUAUCAAUUGUUUUAUUUAUCUAUAUUAUAACAUUUGUAAAUUUUGAAUUAUAGGCUUUUGAAUUUCCUUCUUUUUUCUCUUUUUUCCAUUUUCAAACAUGGUAUAUGUUCUAUAGAAA